AUGCAUGGUGAAUCAUAUAAAGCUAAUAUUUACGAGGACCUUAAAUUUAUUGACCAUACCGUGGUAACUACAAAUUUGCAUGAAAGCUCUAAAGAAGUUGCUUUAUUACUAUUCGAAUCGUGGAGGAAUGAUGAUUUAGAACUUGUGCAAUUUAAAGGUGGAAUCACUAAUAAAC